CUCUGUCUCGGAAUCAAAAGAAAGACCAUACCCUUACGAUCAUACCCUUUGGUUUAGGGUUCCUGAGAGCGAAGCCUUUUCUUUUUCUUUUCUAAGGCUUCAACCCUUGUUUGUCAAUUAUUUAUCUUCACAUUUUGAUAUUUUCUUCGAAAUCGAUUGAGUCCAUAUUUUGAGUGUGUUUUCUUGAAAGCGAAAGUAUGCCCUCUGAGGAUUCAAAGCCCGUAAGGAAGAAAGAGGAAAUGGAAUGCGAAGAAGAAGACGAAAAGAAGAGCUUGAGCUCGAUGCUCUUCAACAAGAAGAAACUCGUCAGCAGUAACAAUGGAACUUCAGCUGUCAAACCCCACCUUAAAGUCAAGAAAGAUGAGAAUGUCGAGGACGACGGUGGCGAUGAUUACAAGCCUCGUAUCAAGAGGGUUAUAAAGGAAGCUAAAGUGAAAAAGGAUGAGAAUUUCGAGGACGACGAUGACGAUGAUGACAAGCCUCUUGUCAAAAGGGUCUCCACUAAUAAGCCUGAUAAGGAUUUGAAGAAGAAGAAGAUACGGGAGGAAGAGAAGAAGAAGGUGACAGUGGCUAAUACGGACCAGAAGAAGAAGGAGAAGAAGGUGUAUGAUUUGCCUGGUCAGAAGCGAGACCCUCCUGAGGAGAGGGACCCGUUGAGGAUUUUUUAUGAAACUCUGUACAAACAAAAUCCUAAUAGCGAAAUGGCACUGUUCUGGAUGAUGGAGUCUGGCUUGCUUUCAAAAGAGGAGGCUAAGAAAGCUUUUGAGAAGAAGCAGAAGAGAAGUCAGCAGCAAAAGAUGAGCUCCCAAACAAAAGCUACUAAGAAGACUGGAUCUGCUAUUGUGACGAAAAAGACCCCAGUCUCUUCCAUUAAAAAGAAGGAAUCGGAAUCUAAAGCUCCUCCGAAGCAGCGGAAGAUUGGAGAUGGAAGCUCAGAUGACGAUUCUGAUGAUGAUUUCAUUGCUAACAGACCGAUGAAGAAAAAACGAGCAGCAUAACUAUAUUUCUCUUGAACCAAUUCCAACAUUCAAAUUAUUUUACUGUCAAAUGGUGGUAUUUUAGAUCUUGAUUUGGCUCUAACUAAAUCUUCAGUUCAUCAUUUUAUGUAUCUUCGACAGAGGUUAUUCCACCUAUAAUUAAGAUGUAUUAACUACUGGCAAAGAUUAUACUUUC